GCCUUAUCAGCGGAGUGACAGUGUUGUUGUAGCGGGAAGCGGCACGUGCCAGCUCAAUCACAUGACUCGCUACUCGACCGCCUGUCGAAACAUGGCUCCCAAGUUAGUGAGGUCAGCUGUGAGUCUGUUUUUUGAGUACGAUACACCCAGGAUCGUUCACAUAAAGAGCAAAAAAGUCGGCAUAAUCAACAGGUUUCUCCAGCUCUGCGUCAUCAGCUAUGUAAUAGGGUAUGCCAUUGUUUACAAGAAAGGGUACCAGGAUUUUGAAGAUGUCCAAAGUGCCGUUACGACCAAGGUGAAAGGUGUGGCCUUCACGAACCUCACAGACAACCCAGGUAUUGGGACGCGGGUGUGGGAUGUUGCAGAUUACAUAGUGCCCCCUCAGGAAAAUAAUGCCUUCUUUGUGAUGACCAACAUGGUGAUUACGCCAAACCAGACAUUCUCGGAAUGUGAAGAGGAUCCUGGUGUAGGUGAUGGCUUGUGUACAACAGAUGAAGAUUGCCCACCCAAUACACCUGUAAUAGCUGGAAAUGGAUAUAGAACUGGAAUUUGUAUAAACUCAACUCGGAAUCAGACCUUGAGAGUGUGUGAAAUAUAUGCGUGGUGCCCUGUGGAGAUAGACCAUGCACCAGAGACUGCAGUUUUAUUGGAAUCGAGGGCCUUUACAGUUUUCAUAAAAAAUAAUGUGGAGUUUCCAAAAUUUAAAGUGAAAAGACGCAAUUUGCCUGACAAUGCAUCGGAUACAUAUCUGCAGCUGUGUAGAAACAAUCCCUCCGACUCUGUGGACAGAUUCUGUCCCAUAUUUGUCUUGGAGACUAUUGUCAACAGCACUGGACAAGACUAUCCACUCAUUGCCAAACAGGGUGGCGUGAUACAGAUUGUUAUAAACUGGGACUGUAACCUUGACCACAGUGUGGAUGACUGUGUCCCAGAGUACAAAUUUCGGAGGCUGGAUAGUGAUGAUUAUAAAGUUUCCAAAGGAUAUAAUUUCAGGUAUGCUGAACAUUAUAUGGAGGAGAAUGUGAGAAAGCGGACCUUGGUGAAAGCCUAUGGUAUCAGGUUCAUCCUCACCGUGCAGGGGCGGGCUGGCAAGUUCAACGUUGUGCCUCUUUUACUGAACAUUGGCAGUGGCCUGGCACUGCUGUCUAUCGCCACAAUUGUCUGUGAUGUGGUUGUUCUAUACUUCCUGAAAGCAAGGACCUAUUACCGGGACAAGAAGUACCUAACUGUGACAGGAGACGACGCCUACGAGGUGGAGCUAGUAGGUUCCCCAGACUGUAAGGCAGGACAGUUCCAGUACGGAACAAUGACUGAAGAAGAUUAACCACGUAUCCCUCCCUUCAGUCCCUCUUUCUUUACUAAUACAGGUGAUGGAGGAGGAGCCGUACAAAGAAAACAAGGGAGGUAACCCUCCUGCCAAUGUCAACCUGGGGCAGUAGUCACACAAGAUACCAGAAUACCCAGCCACUGAAGUGCUACGCUGUGAUAUACACCUCUCUCCAUCUCUCAGUGACAUCAUUUCCUGUGUUAUGACAUCACUUCCUAUGAUCAUUGCAGACUUACUGAUUCACUGGAGCCGAUCAGAGGUCUACAAAUACAAACUGAAUCUCUUCUCCUGAAUUGUGUGGAUCACACAGUUUCCAUAUAAGACUAGUAUUAAUGAUAAAUAGUAUGUGAGAAAAUACUCUCAACUCUAAACUCCCUCUAGUGUAGAAAGCCAAUAUCUGUUGUGUGUCUAAACUCAAAUAACUGUAAACAAGGGGCAGGUAACUCUAGUUUAAUCCAAAAGCAAGCUUGUUACAAGAUUGGAGGUGUAUAAGCCAAUAUUAUGUUUGGUCAAGAAAAAGAAAAAAAUCCUCUUUGUCUUCGUCUUUCCUUAAAAUCAGCACUCUACUUAUCUCGGGUGCCAUCCUAGCUUGGUGUAUUU